AUGGUUCCUAGCAAACUACAACGUCACUUGAUGACUAAUCAUCCUUCGCUUUCAACAAAAGAUAAAAGCUACUUUGAAAGGUCUUUAUCAUCAAAAAUUGAGCAAGUAAAAGUUUUUGCAAAACAAGUAUGUGUGUCUGAAAAGGCUCAAGUAGCUUCUUACGAAAUAGCUGAAUUGAUUGCUGUUAACUUAAUACCUCACAAUUUGGCUGAAGAAAUUAUAUUACCUACUUGUCGCAAAAUUGUAAAAACAAUGAUUGGUGGAUCAGCUGAUAUUGAUAUUUGCAAAAUACCACUUUCAAAUGAUACAAUGCAUCGCAGAAUUAAAGAUAUGUCAGAAAAUAUUGAGCAAAAUAUUGCAAAAACUCUUUCAAAUUCGAAUUUUGCUCUACAAGUCGACGAAACAACAGAUAUUACAGGAAAUGCUCAAUUAAUUGCAUUCGUUGGAUUUAUUCACGAAAAUGAUAUAAUUAAUCAAUUUUUAUGUUGUCGGGAGUUAGUUACCUGA